CCGCGCCCCGCCGUCAUGGCCGCCAGCCCCGCGGCGGCCCGGGGAGCGCCUGGCAUGCAGGCGCGGAGGCAAGCAAAGGCUACCAAGAGGAAGCACCGAGUGUCCAGCGGAGCCCCCCCAGCCAAACGGAAGAAGGAAACAUCCUUUUUCUCAGCCAAGAAAACUAGUGUGAAAGAAACUCAAAGGGCUUUCAAGGGGAAGUCACAGAACAUUUUUUCUCCUACAAAGCAUUCGGCUAAUGCAGGUGACAGAAAGCAAGAGGAAAAACUGUGCAUUAAGACUUCAUCGUUGUUUAAAAACAACCCUGAAAUUCCAGAACUCCACAGACCUGUGGUAAAGCAAGCACGAGAGCCAGUGUUCACUCCUGAGGCUUUCCACGAGCUGGGCCUGCACCCUCAUCUCAUUUCUACAAUAAACGCAGUCUUAAAAGUGUCCACUAUGACCAGUGUUCAGAAGCAAAGUAUUCCUGUGUUGCUGGAAGGCAGAGAUGCCCUCGUGCGGUCCCAGACGGGCUCAGGUAAAACUCUCGCCUAUUGCAUCCCUGUGGUCCAAUCCCUUCAAGCAAUGGAGUCAAAAAUACAGCGCAGUGAUGGCCCCUAUGCUCUGGUGCUGGUGCCAACGAGAGAGCUGGCUCUACAGAGCUUUGACACUGUCCAGAAACUGCUUAAGCCAUUCACCUGGAUUGUGCCUGGAGUGUUGAUGGGUGGAGAGAAGAGAAAAUCAGAAAAAGCCAGACUCCGCAAAGGAAUAAAUAUCCUCAUCUCAACUCCUGGACGGCUAGUGGAUCACAUAAAAUCCACAAAGAACAUUCAUUUUAGCCGGAUUCAGUGGCUGGUUUUGGACGAAGCAGACAGAAUCUUGGAUUUGGGUUUUGAAAAGGAUAUCACUGUGAUCCUCAAUGCAGUAAAUGCUGAAUGCCAGAAGCGUCAGAACGUCUUGCUGUCAGCCACACUCACAGAAGGUGUGACACGGCUAGCAGACAUCAGUUUACACAACCCAGUCAGUAUUUCUGUCCUGGACAAAAGCCAUGACCUGUCCACUGCACGGGGCAGGGUGGUGCAGGAUGUUGGUCCUCCACAGGCCACCGGCAGUCUGCACAGCUUUGCCAUACCGGAGAGUCUCGAGCAGUACGUGACCUUGGUCCCCAGCAAGCUGCGGCUGGUCUGCCUAGCAGCCUUCAUCCUGCAGAAAUGCAAGUUCGAGAAGGAGCAGAAGAUGAUCAUCUUUUUCUCGAGCUGCGAGCUGGUGGAGUUCCACUAUAACCUCUUCCUCCAGACCCUGCUGCGCCGCACAGGGGCCCCUGCAUCGGGGCAGGUGCCAUCUGCCUCCGCGCGAUUAAAAUUCCUGCGGCUGCAUGGCAACAUGGAACAGGAGGAAAGAACAGCAGUGUUUGAGAAAUUCUCACAUUCCAAAACAGGCAUCCUUCUUUGCACGGACGUUGCGGCUCGGGGCUUAGAUCUCCCGCAAGUCACGUGGAUCAUUCAGUACAAUGCUCCGUCUUCACCUGCAGAAUACAUCCACCGGAUUGGAAGAACUGCCCGGAUUGGCUGCCGUGGGAGCAGCCUGCUCAUUUUGGCUCCUUCGGAGGCAGAAUAUGUCAACUCGUUGGCUUCUCACAAAAUCAAUGUUUCUGAGAUUAAGAUGGAAGAUAUUUUGUCCAUUCUGAUGCGGGAGGAUUGUUUUAAAGUGAGGCAAAAGAAAACCCAGAAAUCCCAUGCUGCUGGCCCCCAGGAAAUCCGAGAGCGAGCCACAGUCUUACAGACCGUGUUUGAAGAUUACGUGCACUCCAGUGAGAGGACAGUCUCCUGGGCUAAGAGAGCUCUGCAGUCCUUCAUCGGAGCCUAUGCUGCCUACCCCAGGGAGCUGAAGCACAUCUUCCAUGUGCGAGCCCUCCACCUCGGCCAUGUGGCCAAGAGCUUUGGGUUGAGAGAUGCUCCCAGGAGCCUUGGCGUCUACACUGGAAAGAGGAGGAAAACAGCACCCAGAGGGCCAGACCUUCGCAAGAAGCCACGAUGCGAGCCGCGGCUCGCUGAGGUCCUCCGCUCGGAAUACUCAAGUGGGCUGGACCCCAGCGCCACCCAGGUCAGGAGGCAGAGCACACUGGAGGCAAGCAGCUCCUCCCGGGACCACGAGCGCCCGGAGAGGCUGCCCAAGGGACAGCAAGGCCUCCCAGAAAGGUUCUAAAUCCCUGUCCACAGGACUGGGCUCAGAGUGAUGCUAGAGGCCUGGGCAGCGCUGGGAGGAUGUCUUCUCAUCAGAAAAAUACGUGUGACACCUUGCCCUGAGCAGGGACCCUGGGCAGGCAUAUCCAUGACUGCAGCCCUGUGAUGUGCUGGUUGCGUGACAGCAGGCUGUUAGAACUGGACUGGAAUUUGUACCAAACGUAUUUGUCAAGUAGUUAUUGUCUUAAUGUACACGUGCUUCAGCACAAAGGCCUAAGGGUUUUUAGUCCGGGUUAGAAAUAGAAAUGCCUUUGUUGGGCCUGUGUGUUUCUCCCACAAACACACUGUCGCAUCUGUGUGCGUUGCCUUCCCUUUCGUGUCCACGGGAAAUGCACUCUGGGGGCUAAUGGAUUCACUGUUCCUCGCUGUCACUGCCUGUGAAGUCAGAGGGCACCAGUGCUCUGAGUGCCUCUUUGCUUCCUUGGCAGGUGUCUUCGUGUGGUGACCCAGACCCAGCCACCCCCACUGCUUUCUGGGAGGUUGACAUGGACCCCGAUGUGUUUUUGUUGUUGUUUUUGGUGGAA